CAGAAUGAGCUGGAAAGGUACAGAAUCAGCGAGCUUAGACGGCGAUUUUUUCAAGAAAAUGGUAAGUUGUAAGCAAGUGUACAUGGCAGUGUUCCCCUUUGAUCGAUGUUUUGCUCGACAGUUUGUCAGUCUCGUGAUUUAAUUCAUGCUAAUUUCUUAGGCUCAAAUUUGCAUGAGUUCUAUGAGCAAGACGUAAAAAGAGUUCGUGAUGACGAUCUUUGGCUUAGCCGGUUUUUACAGUCCCGAAGACAGGAAGUUAAUGAUGCAUUACCGGCCUUGGUGAGCUAAAUUACAUCUCAUAGUAAGCUUACUAGUUCUUUAGAUAGAAAACUUCAUAGGGUUAUCAGGAACAGAUUAUUCCCUGUAACCUCCAUCUUUGUAGUUAUUUUCUUUCUUUGCACCAGUCUUCCAUCAUAAAGCAUCAGUCAAUUCCACCUGCACCCAGCACCACCACCCCCCCCCCCAAACCCCGCGCUACUGCGCGGCCUUUCCCCCCCUUGUCAUUCCCGGGGGUGGAGCAUUAGGAAAUUUUGCACUGCCCGAGGGUCGGGCAUUUGCCAGCCCCGGCGCCAUUCCCUAGCUUUUGACACGCACACAGUUUCCUAUCAGAAAAUAACAGCGCAGAAGGUUUUAGUGAAAAAACAAGCAGAUUGGCUCAUGGCUCAUUGGCUCAGGAAUAAAUUGAAGAGAGUUGUAAUGGCUUGCCUGCGUCGCAGACGCUCUAAACCUUUUGUAUUCUCAAUUUUAUGCAUGCAUGCCGGUGGAAUUGACUGAUGCAUAAAGCCACCUUCCCCACCAGCACCCUUUGGCUUGUCUGCCAAAUGUCUGCCAUUUGUCAUUGGUCUUGUGUUGCCCGACUGUCGGUCGUCUGUCGGCAGACUGUUGGUGGAGAGUCUACUGACGAACAGCCAAAAGAUUUUUGGUGGAGCUAUUCUUCAGUAAUACCAGAUGAUAGUAAUUUUGAAACUCUAAUUCUGUUUCAAAGCAAGACAAGUGAUUUUUCUUACCUACCUGAAAUUUGAUGCCAAUUUUUUUUUAAUUAGUCUGAGUGACAGCCAUCUCUUCAGCCCAACCCCCAUCCCCAUAGUACACUCUGACGACUACUAUGUUUAGUGGGAGGGUGCAGUGUUCAUGAUGGGUGAAACAGCCUCUGGUGCAGAUUUUGAUGUACGUUAGUAGCAAAUAUUCUAUGACUAAUAUUUCCAAUGUAUAAGGGAGUCUGUAUUUGCUUCAAAACUGUGAAUCCCCCAUUUAAUCCAACAUUUCAAAACACAGAUUGAAACCAGCCCCUCUUUCACUUAAAUAACAUCUGGACUCAAACAAGUACAUGACAUCUAACCAUGUAUGGUAUCUACUCAGUAGGCUAACACAUAGUUCCUGCUUUUACAAGGUUGAAUGUGUGAAGUGGAGAAAGUCAUUUGGAGUUAAUGGUAUGAUCAUAAAAAUUUAUCAACAAACAAAUAAUAAAUUAUUAUUGGUAUUUCAUAGAAUGAUAUGAACAACUCUCGCUCACUAAAUUAACUCAACUAAGUUAAAGUAAGAUUUUGUGACUUGCUGUUUUUGUCAAACAGAACUUACAGAAAGAUCUAUUGACCGUAGACUGUUUGAGGCAGGUUUCCUCUUUCCACACAACCAAGAUAAAGAUGGCAACACUCUGGGUAACUCAUGUUAUUUUUUAAUGCUGCUAACUACUUUAUUUUAUAUUAUAUUAUAGGUCAUUAUAUUUUUUAUAUAAUAUAUUCUGUCAAUCGGUCGUUGAAUGAAUUUUUUUUCCUUUAGUCAUCUUCACAGGCAAAUUGCACAAGAAAGACCCCCAGCAAUCCUCAGAAAAAAAGAGAUUUCUUGUUUUUCUCUUAGAAAAGCAUGUAAGUAUGAACCAAUGUGAUCAAGAGUUAUAUUAAACUAUAGUUUCUCCAAUCAUAUGUCAACUUUGGCUGUUUGAAAUAUUAUUUUUUAGAAGAGUAAUUUAAGGAAUGUCUGGAACAAACCCUGAGUGACUUCUGACAAAAAUUAAUAGAAAUAAUAGUAAUAAUCAGUGGCGAAUCCAGGGAAGGGGCCCCCCUUAUUUUUAGACCAAACCGAGGCCCGAAGGGCCACAAAAUUUUGGGGGGGGACCAGGCCCCCCAUUAUCUGAGGGUCUGAAUCCGUCUCUGAUACUAUUCUUACUUUUGCAGGCAAGAAUGUUUCCAGAACGGAAAAUAACCAUGAUCUUUGACAUGCAACAGACAGGCCUGGCUCAAAUGGUUAGAUUUAUAAUGUUACAUGCAAGUUAUGUUAACUUACUCUUUCCAGGAAACUGCACAAUUGGGUAGCUAAUGGAAAGGGUUUUUUUGUUUUGCAGGACAUGGAAUUUGUAAAAUUUAUUAUUAGUUGUUUUAGGGAUUAUUUCCCAAGGACUUUAGGUGAGGAUCAUGUCUUGUCUUUUCCCCACGAAUUUCAAUUAUGUUAAUGUAUUUUCUUUGUUUUUGAGCAUGCGACUAAGCUGUAGUUAGUCGGUCACAAAAUUUUGACCCUAAGCAUCGAUGUUUUCAAAAUCAAGAUAUAUAAUAUUUGUUGUUCUUGGCAUGGUGUUGUGUCAGAUCUAGCUCAUGUGUGCUCCAUUAUUAAAAGCAAUGUCUACUAGAUGCAAAUUUCAAAAGGUGUUAAUUCAAAUUAUGUAAAGUAAAACCAACAACAUUCUUUUUCCUUCAUCCUUAGCCUUGUUAUUAGUUAUUGAAUUACCAUGGAUUUUAUCAGGUAUGGCUUGUGAAUUGAUACUGCAACGCAUUUCUUAGUGUAUUUUGUCGUGUUCAUUAUAUUUCGUUCAAUUCUAUUUCAGUGUAUUCCAUUCCAUUCUUUUCUGUUCUAUUCUAUUCCAUUCCAUUUUAUCCCAUUCCAUCAUAUUCUUUUUUUAUUCUCUUCCACUCCAUUUCUUCCAUUCUAGACCAUGUUAUUUUCUUUUUUCUUUUCAUUUAGGUUACUAAGAUUAGUGCUAUGUUAUUUGACUCAUUUUUGUUCUCUAAUCACUUUGCAAACUGUGAAUAGAAUUCAUUAGGUGAAGCGUGCAGCCUAGCUUAUAAAACAAGCAGUCUUGAUGAACAAAAUAUUCCUGUUUUACUGUUUAAAAUGAAAAGUGUUUCCUUCACAGUUGUUAAAGUGUUUUUUUUGUGUUUUUUUAAUUUUUUCAUCAAUAACAGCUGCUUGGAAAAUUAUCAAGUCAUGGUUGAGCCCUGAAGCUGUGAAUAAAAUCAGGUAUGAGCUAACAAUAAUUAAGCUUCUCCUGAAUCCAUUGAGGUUGGUCGGUUAUCAAAUUUCUACAAUUUUAGCUUUCAGACUGGUUUGUCAUCUCCCAGCAAACCCCAUUUCACUCCCCUACAGUAUCUCUCCAUUUCAUCCCCUUACUACUUGUCCUUAUUCUGUGCCGCUUUAACAUGUCCCUAUCUUAUGUGAAUUCACAUCCUUGCAACAUGGUUCCAUUUCUUACCUCUGCAGCAUGUUCCCAUUUCAUGUCUGUGCUACUUGUCCCUGCAACAUGUCUCUAUCCCAUGCCCCUACAGCAUGUUCCCAUUUCAUGUCCCUACAACGUCGUUAUUUCACAUCCCUGUAACAUUUCCUCAUUUUACGUCCUUGCAACAUGUCCCUAUUUCCUGUCCUUGCAACAUGUCAUACUUAUUUCAUGUCCCUGUGACAUUUCCUCAUUUUAUGUCCCUCCAACAUUUUCCCAUUUCACAUCCUUGCAAAGUGUCGUUAUUUCACAUCCCUGUGACAUUUCCUUAUUUUACGUGCCUCCCAAAUGUCCCUAUUUCACAUCCUUGCAACAUGGUUCCAUUUCAUUCCCCCUGCUGCAUGUUCCCAUUUCACGUCCUUGCUACUUGCCCUUAUUCUGUGCCCCUGACACAUGUCCCUAUCCCAUUCCCCAAGAGCUUGUCCUGAUUUCUCAUCCCUGCAUCAUGUCUCCAUUUCACUACUUUGCAACAUAUCCUUAUUUCACGUCACCUUGCAACGUGUCCUCAUUUUACAUCCCUGCAACAUGUCCCUAUUUCACAUCCCUGCAAGUUGCAUGUACCCAUUUUAUGCCCCAGCCCUAAGGGUUGGUAAUGUUCUCCUUUCUCUUUUCUUACUGGAUCAGGCAAUUAUGGUAGUGAUGUCAGUUGAAUGUGGGCAAUUUAAUAGCAGCUGUCUGAGACAAAACGCCAAGUCAUUUCAACAAGUGAUUCUUUUAUUUAAUUUUGUAACAAUGUAGGUUUUUAAGCAAAGCGGAACUAAAAGAACUUGUAGAUGAAGAUAAACUUCUUACCAGAUUAGGUGGAACUGUGAGUACCAGCAUUUUAGUUAUUCAGCAAACAAAAGUACAUACUGUAGUUUACGUUUUUUAGUUUCUACCAUCAAUGAGGAGUAAAAUUAGAAUCAAUCUGGACUUAGCUUAGUUGUCAAAAAAACCUCGAGUUCUUAUUUUGUUCUUUUUUUGUCCUUUCAUUGAAGCCCAUAAAAACAAAAUGCGAAGUCCAAUGUCCAUCCAUUUUGACCAAAAAAUAUGGGUGUAAUAUUUUCUCUAUCUUGCACGCUCAAAGAAAAAGCCUUCGCAGAUAUUCGCGUUUGAAAAUGAAGGAAGAAAGGGGGAAUUUGGGUGCAUGAAAAUGCAAAGAGUGCCUGGCUGCCCUACAGGUUAGCUGGGUUAGCCACAAAACUUGCCAAGUGUGAUCCUGUUAUUUUAGCAACAGUUUCUACCCUUUUGGCUCACUGCCAGCAUUAGUGUUGUGUUUCUACUUCCCGACCGAAACAUUAGCCAUAUGUUUUUAAUUAAAAGUUAUAGAUGUACCAAAGUGAAAGACAUGCAAAAUAAUGUUCAACUUUGUUGUACUGAAACUGAAAUGUGAUUUGUAGGAUCCCUAUCAGUACUCUUAUCCUCCCACCAAAGAAUCUCUUGGAAUUGGAGAUCCAGACAAGUAAGCUCACACUUAAGUUAUUUAACUGUUACAUUGCUACCUUGCAAGCGGCCCCUCUUUAGCUUUUGUCUUCUUGAGUGAGGAGCACAAAGGUAUGCUCUGCCCGAACCGCGUCAAGCCUUUGACGUCGCCAAAUCCCGAACUUCUUGACUAGUCAAUCUUGUUUUCUCUUGUCAAACUGGUUUUCCGAGUUCAAGCAUCGGUUUAUUGAUGAACCAGUGGUCCUAACUGAACCUGCUGUACCAAGCGAACGGCUAUAUUAGGCCUGGGUUCAGAACUGUAUCCCAACAACAUACAGCACAGUGUAUGCUCAACAAAGAUCUUACUCGAUUCAUUUACAGUCUUUCUCGAGAACGCCAAAAUCGAGCCAGUAAAAGAAAGACUCUGCUAGCAUUGCGCUACUUUGUAGGACUAACCUUUCGGAGAGGGCUUUGUUAAUGACAUGUUUCACUUCUUUUUAACAGUAUAGAGGAGGGUGAAAUUGCAAACGGGCCUUUGAGCCAAAGUGUGGACUUGGAUGAUGAUAGCAGUGAGGAGUUUUCCAAUCAGAUUGCAUCGCAGUCUGAAUCGCAAUCCGAGCGUGAAGAAGCCCCUGUUCCUUCAUCUAAAACGGUGAGAAUCAGUUCACUUUUGACUUGACACUGGUUACAUCUCCUUAUAUUGCGAGAUCACUUUAUUGUCGUCAUAUUUACAUAAAAGAGAGAUUAAGAUUAACCUUAACCGCAAACGGCAAACGUCAGAGUAAAGUUGAGAAUUUCUCAGAAUAGAAAAUAAGCCGAUAGAAAUAGCCCCGAACUAUUCCUAUGGUUAAAACUGGUAUAAAACAACUUAUUUUUGUCUAGAAACAAUACAGAGUAAACGGAAAAUAAGAAGAAAACUUGGUCACGGGUACAAAUAUUCACGUCCCCUGCCGUUUGGCGUAAACUUGAAUCUUUUAAAAUCUCUCUAAUAUCGCCAAAAGUCGGCAAAUUUGCGUUCCCUGAGUUUGAGCGCUUUUGCGAAAUUUCCCUUCCGUUUGUUUUAUAAUCAUUUAAGUUAAAAUUCACUUACCAGCCUGUGUUAGCAAAUUUGUAUGUUACUCUGUCGGAACGUUUUAACUACUUACUGCUCUACAAACUCCCUUAGCUGCAGAAUUAAGAACUUAAUUAUGAUUGGCUGUUUCAGACUUUGUUUUUCUGUGUUACAGCUAUUUGGUUGCGAGCCGGAAGGACAGUUACUGAAAGUCUUGCUGUUGAUUCGUUUCAGGUUACGUUUGAAGAUGCAAAUUCUACAGCAAACUACGGCGUGGAAAACUCGCCUCUUUCAACAAAUAUAAGACAGGUAGCCAUUGCCUCCCUCACGUAGUCUGAAUUGUGUUUAACAGUGUUUUUUCCUAAGUUAUCUUGAUAUUAGUGGUUCAGAGGUCGAUCGCGUCGAAAAUUUCAGGUACAGAUUUUUAAAUUCUGUCAAUUUUUACUGAACUUGUGCUUACGCAUGAUUUAUUCAUGUUCAUUUAGUAAUUCUUUCGCUUUCCAGCUGAAGCUUGCCGUUCGGACUCUUUCACUUGUCAAAAACGCACGCGACUCUGUUAGCGUUUCAAUCUAAGCUUUCACUUAGGACAGACUCUUUAGUUUUUCCGUUGUUCGUAAUAAUGAUGCUUCCAGAAUCAAAUUGACGUUUUGAAAUCUGUUUCUGUUGUAUUUUUUCGUAGAGGGAAACUCCGUCUAAGCCAACGUUACGAGCCGUUCAAUCGCGGUCAUCCCAAAGACGUGCUCCCCCUGAUGGGUUUGUGAACACAUCUAAAUUGCUUCUCAUUACGUAAGUAUGUUAUAUUUCGUGCCCUAGUGUAUGUAGUAAAUACAGUCGUACCUCCCGUAAGCGACCAUCCAAAAUGCAAGAAUUUAACAGUCGCUUACGAGAGUCGUCGUCGAACCAGAGGGGAUCUACUUUUUAUUUAUUGCACGCAAUUUCAAAGUUUUACUACGUUUACGUAUUACGUGUAGUUCUAUGUAGUCACUGAAAAUUCUUCGUAUACUCUGAAUGGCAUAGCAAAGGCACAAACUGCAAAGAGACAACAUCUGAUGCGUCAAGUGGUCACUUACGAGAGAUCUAAAAGAAUGGAAAACUGCAUGCAAAACUGUCAGGCUUAAAAGUGGGUCGCAGUCGCUUUUGAGAGGUGUUUCUCCAUGAGAAGUUCUAAUAACGUGGCUGUUUUGUUUUGAUUGCAGACCUCCUGAGGAGUUAGUAUUUAUUGGAACGACUUCAACUGGGGAAAUUCUCCAAUCUUUAUCCCUCGCCAAUAACACUGUAUCAUCCGUCGCGUUUAAGGUUUGUUUCACUUUCGACUCUGUUUGAAAAACUACGAUGAAGAACAUACAGUGAGUCACUGGGAAGAAUAGGAGACGGGUAAAGGGUUUAGACGACUAACUUUUCAGAUUAUCACCUUUCUUCGUCACUCGCAUUUAUUCAGGUUAAGACCACCUCUCCAGAGAGCUAUCGCGUACGCCCCAGCUCUGGCGUCAUCCCCGCCAGCUCAUCCGCUGAAGUUAGCGUCUUUUUGCAACCAGGUAAGAAAACAUUAAAACUUCAAGCUGAAAAAUAUCACUCAGACACUCUUUCGGUGAUGGUUUCUAGUUCACCACCACGCUGAACGCUAUCAGCAUCACUGAUCCUAACAGUAUGCAGGACGCCUGCCACAUAACGUGUGGCGAAUGCUCAACUUCUCGCCUCUCUUCUCCGCAGAGACUCCCACUGUAUAUUCAAGUAAAGAUAGUGAAAAACUAAAAAGUUGGAUGGUGGUAAGAGAGAAAAGGCGGGAGCUUCUGUUCCUCUAUUUCUCCUUCCUAUCAUCCUCCUUGCGCCUUCUUUUUCCCUCUCCCCAGCCUCCCUACGAAACAAAGAGGCCUCUGCGGAGGGGACUAGGGGAGAGAGUCUUCUCUCCAUACCUCAGUGGUAACAGAGCCUGUUUAGUGUCUGUGACGUUAUGGGCUCAAUUCAUGUUGGUGUCGUUGCUGGUAAAGUAUUUCUUUUCUCUCAUUUCUUUGGUGUUUUUUACGAACGACAGGUCACGCUGCAAGUGUUAUUAGAGAUAAAUUCUUGGUUAUGUCGACCGAGUUGCAGGAAGAAAAAUCUCCAAGUGAACUUGCGGCACUCUGGAGGUCGAUACCUAAGGCGAAUAUUGUGGAACACCGGUGAGUCAAUUUACGAAUUGUAAGAAUAUGCCAUGGAGGCUAGGAAAAAGGACUUCGUCAAGAAAUUAUAAAUCUCCAAAUUUGAAAAAAAUAAACAACCAGGGCGAAGCCUUGGCAAAGGUACCAGAAAAACAUGACAGAAGUAGCGUUACAGCUUGAGCACAAAAAGUAGCCGCUGUUUUAAUUAGAGACACCUUAAACUGAACACAGUCGCUAUAGGAAUUUAGUCGAUGAUAGGUGACUAGUUGGAUGUAUGAUAGUUUCAUAUUUAAAUGAACUCUCUUGUUUUAUUACAGACUUCAGUGCCGUUUCGUUGCAUCGAAUUCCCAGUUACAGUAUUCCGAUAUUGUGGACGGUAAACCUGUAACACUGAGUAUGGCCAUCGAUAGCAUUGAAUCACUACAAAGACAACUUAAUGACGUUGAGAGGAAGGUGAGUACAUUAUUGUUCUGUAGGAAACAAUCAUGAAUUCUAGGGCUAGUUUUUAUUGGCCAAUUCGCGGGGCACUGGAUCGGUGUUUUAUCAAAUUACAGCAUGGGAUUGUUUUGGGGCGCUAGCGCUUCUUUAAUUGGCUAAUAGUGAGAUUAAGCUUCACGUAUACGGCAAACGUCAGAGUCAAGUUUAGAAUUUCUCAAAAUAGAAAAUAGGCAGAUAAAAACAACUCAAAACAAUUCUUAUGGAUAAGAAAUUGCGUGAUACUACGAAUUUAGGUGUAGAAAUAAUGAACAGUAAACGACAAGAAAACGGGAAACUUGGUCACGUGUUACAAAUUCGCGUUUGCCGUUUGACGUAAACGUGAUGCUUAACCUCCCUAUUAUGAAAAAUAUUAUCAAAAACAGCCACAUAAAGCAAUUCAAUGCAACAAGGCCGACCCAGUCCUUCACGUAACCUCAAACUGGCCAAUAAAAACUGUGCAGCUUAACCUCGUUCCCAGGGGGCUGGAAAAAGAAGAUCAGGGGAAGCUGAAUGGUCAGGAAUGUGGUAAAUUGGCCAUCUUUGAAGAGGUUUCAAAAUUGACGGCCGUCAUAGUGAAAAAAUACGUUCUCAAGUAAUCUCGAAAGUUGAUCUGUGAGUCGAUACUUUUCGCCCCGUGAGUAAGUGUACAGUUGUCAGCAAUACCGUCAACGGAGGGACUUAUAUCCGAGGAGGCUUAUAAACGGAGGGGCUUAUAUCCUAGGGGGCUUUUAAACGGAGGGACUUAUAUCCUAGGGGGCUUGUACAUCUUCGUAAAGGAUUUAUAGGAGGGCUUAUAAACGGAAGGAAUUAUACCCGAGGGGGCUUAUAUCCUAGGGGGCUUUUAAAUGGAGGGACUUACAUCCGAGGGGGCUUGUACAUCUUCGUAAGGGGUUUCGGGGGGGGGGCUUACACCCAAUGGGGCCUUAACCGGAAUAAGAAGAGCGCUUCGAAUCAAGCUAUAGCAGUGCUGAUCAAAAUACGUUCUGCAUUUCUGACUGGUAUUUAAUACUAAGCUUCAAAACGUCAGAGUAACUCGAAUGUACUUUAAGGUCCUUUAAUACAAGUUAGAGCCAAGAGGGGGGCUUAUAAUAGGGUGUACUUUUUGUUUACAGGUAGAUGGGCCUACAACUGCGGGCGUGGGUAGGGGGGGUAUAAACGGCAAUUGACGGUAUACGUCUUCUUGCGUGCACGUUAUUCCGCUCCCGUCUUCGGUCUUUACGUAUUAGUGCUAUUUUAAGAAUGUAUUUUCUCUUUUGCAGCUUGACGCAACCAGUAAGAAAAUUUCACACAUAGAGGAAGGCCUUCACGUGUUUAUCAAAGUUCAACUGGGACUGUUUUCAGCCAUGAUAGUAUUAUUCGCUAUUGUGAUGUACUUUGCCACGUACUUAAUGUAG